AUGAAAGCAGAUCUGAAACAGCAUAAACAAGUAUUCAAAGAUUUGCUCGAGAUAGCCAAAAAGUUACAGAAUGAAUGUAAGGAGGGAGAAAAUGUCGUUGACCUUAAUCCUUAUAAUAUCGACACAAAAUUGAAAAUUGUAAAGGAAAGAGACGAAAUGUACAUACUCGAAGAGGACUACGAUGUUUUCGUUCGAUUAUUCCUCGAAAGCAUUGAUAUUACUCUUAGCGUAGAGGAGUUCUUCCAGAAGAAGGUAAAAUUUAAAGGAAUGAACUGUGUAAAUAUAAAUGAUCUCAGAGACGAGUUUUCACUUAUGAAUGAGAUAAAUGAUGAUGAAGAGAUUAGUUUCAAGAAGAUUAAGACUAAUGACCUAAAUUAUCUUGACAAAAAGCCGUUCCUCGGCAGAAGCGAACAGAAAGGAGAAUGGAAUGUAAAAAUGAUAGAUUCAAUUAUAAAUAACAUCUUCAAAAAAGAAUGCUCAAACUCAAGCACAGAGAAUAUUAGGCCGAGGAGAAAGAAGAGUAAAGGUACAGACCUAUCAUCACGACCUUUUGUGUGCCAGUACAAAAACUGCAGCAGUGCGUUCAAAAGAUUUGAGCACUUGAAGCGGCACUACAGGAUACACACGGGUGAGAGACCAUUCAAAUGCAAGUAUCCCGGGUGUUUUAAGAAAUUUGCCAGAUCGGACAAUCUGAGCCAACACCUAAAAAUCCAUAACACAGGACAGAGUAAUUAUCCAAACGACUCAACAUCAUUUUACGAAAAUAAAUUCAAUCCUUAA